UAGCGAAUUGUACAGUUGGUGUCAUCAUUUGUUCCUUUUAAAAACAUAUUUUAUUCGCUGAAUUAGCAUCAUGUGACUGAAUGCUUGACCUAAACAGACGCGCCAUUUCACAACAACACGUUCUAAGGAACUCGCUUCAUUGUAAAAAGUAAUGUUUAAUAAAAAAAAUACGUGUAGUGUUUGAUUUAAAUCAAUAUAUUUGCGCUAGUUUUGCUACCGCGACUCUUAAUAAUUUGUUUAGAAAAAUAAAACAAGACGAUAUUUUAUGUUACAAAAUUAUUUUAGUGUACGUUUAUUGCCGAAUUAAAUUUACGUAACAUUAAUUAAACUAAACCGGAUUCUGGACCUCAUAAUCGGUAAACGAAAGCACGGGGUGGGAGAAUUGAAAAGAUGCCAUAAUUCAGUACAGCGCCAUCUGUUGUCCGCGGAAACGAAACUAAGAUGAGUGCAGCGCCAUCUGUCGAGUGAACGAGAUGCCACGGCUCAAGUAUGCUUCGGUCGUGCGUGUUGUCGUCAUACUCGGGCUCUUCUGUCUGUGGCUGCAGAUCAUGCUGUCUGCUUCUGGCGGGGGAAUGUAUAGGGAUGGAGAUGACCAAGUUCCCCUAACAGCUAACCCACUGACCGAAUAUAAAGUCACGGAAGUGAUUGUGCCAUAUACAGAAGAGCUGAUGAAUUCGAACGACACGUCGGAACAAGUGCUAGCCCUGGUCCCCCCCGAGCUGCACAAGUAUCUGACGGUGCACCCGAAGAACUCAAGUGUCAACUCCACAGAGAGAGCCGUUUCUAAGAAUCUCACUGAAAUUCGCAAAGCGAUACAGAGGAGCAACGAAGCGCAAUACAUUUAUAAUGAGGACAUAUACGGGCCGGUACAGAAUGACACCAUCAUUAUUGCCAUACAGGUACACACAAGACUGACGUAUCUACGUCAUCUGAUCGUCUCCCUGGCCCAGGCUCGAGACAUCGAGAGGACAUUACUAGUAUUCUCCCAUGACUAUUACAACGAAGAAAUCAAUAGCUUAGUAAGAAGUAUUGACUUCACCAAGGUAAUGCAAAUUUUCUACCCAUACUCGAUACAGACGCACCCGAAUGAGUUCCCGGGCUUAGAUCCCAACGACUGUCCUAGGGAUGUGAAAAUGCAACAGGCGAUAAAGUUGAAAUGCAUCAACGCUUUGCAUCCCGACCUCCACGGGCACUACAGGGAAGCGAAAUACACGCAGACCAAACAUCACUGGUGGUGGAAGGCGAACAGGAUAUUCAAUCAGCUCGAAUGUACAACUAAUCAUACAGGAAUGGUAGUGUUUCUAGAGGAGGACCAUUACGUGGCCGAAGACUUUAUAUACAUGUUGAAUCUAUUGCGUGCGACCGCGGACCGCAGCUGUCCGCAAUGCGAGAUAAUAUCGCUAGGCACAUACUUAAAGACCUACCAGUACCACGCCAACGGAGACAAGCGUAAAAAACAAAUGACACUGAACUACAUACAGCAAGUGCGGAUGGCGAACGAGGAGCGAAGGAAGCGUCAGGACACACAGUGGAAUUUCCAAGUUUACCCGAACCUGUACGGGAACACGCAAAAGGUUGACAUCACUCCUUGGCACUCUAGCAUGCACAACAUGGGGUUCGGUUUCAAUAGGUCCGUUUGGCAUAACAUAAUGGAGAUACAGGAACAGUUUUGCGCUUACGACGACUACAAUUGGGAUUAUUCGUUGCUCCACUUGUCUCAGAACAGAAAGAACCAGGAGAAGUUCAAGGUGAUCAUGUCCAAGGGGCCGAGGGUCUUUCACAUCGGCGAAUGCGGUAUACAUCAUAAGAAGUCGAACUGCAAUGCUUCGUCCGUCAUAAGCAAGGUCCAGAAGUUGCUUCAGAACGCGAAGCCGUAUUUGUUUCCGGGCAGCGUGACGGCGACCGUCACCGCGGGGGGCGCCAAACACAAUAAGAAGCUGACCAAAGGGAACGGCGGCUGGGGAGACAUAAGAGAUCAAGAACUGUGCACGAACAUGACAAGGAUAGGCCGCGAACAAAGAAGAUACAAUUACUACGCUUAAAAUGGUUGUUAAUAAUAAUAAUAUAAAAAAUCAUUACAACGCCAUCUAUCCGCGGCCGCGGGUACUACAGUAUUCAUCAGACCUAAGGCUCCGCGCUUGUCUCGGCUUCGUUGAGGCGUCGUCGCGGUAGCAACCUCGCGGUAGGUCGACAUCGCUCAGAUGACGUACAGUCUAUUAUCGAACACCCUGUAUCGUGAAUUCGUACUAGUCAACUAAGUCGAUUUUAAUUUUAAUUAAUCUCUUACGUCACGAUCGGAUGAUUUCAAUUGAACUCUUAAUUAUAGUCCAGGAGCACUAAUCCAAUAUUAUACAGUGUGCUUAGUGAGAGUUUUUGAACGAAAUUUGUAUGCAGUUGGAACAGCGCCCCUAGCGGCAAACGUAGGCAAAUGUUUCACCUCCAUACUAAUUUGAGUUAACUUUUACGCUAUCGAGAACGUUAAAAAACUCGCACUAAGCACACAGGUAACCCUCCUAUAACGCGGUAGAUCCCGUUCCCACAAAGACCCGUGUUGUGUGAAGCCGCCUUAGAAGAAACUAGAAGCCAGUACAAUAUACAGAGUAUUUUUUUUCUGAAUUAAAAAUCUCAACUAUGCCCGGAUGUAUUUUCUACUCAUCACUGCAUAAUAUAAAACAAAGUCGCUUUCUAUGUCCCUAUAUCUGUCUGUCCCUAUGUAUGCUUAAAUCUUUAAAACUACGCAACGGAUUUUGAUGCG